AUGAGAAGAUUAAUAUUUAACGCAGAUUAAGUAAGAAGGGCUUCGACGGUUCUAUAAAAGUUUGAUAUUAGAUAAAGUUUAACAGGGUCAAACAACAAAGAUCUGAUUGAUGUCAUGGUUUAUGUUUUAUAAAAGCCUUGCGAGGUGAGAACAUCAACGGAUGUCUUUAUGUUGAGGUCUGCAACUAGAUCAAUCGAGUUUUUCAAUAACUUAGAGUCUGAUUUAUUGCAUGAAUAAUGUUGCAAAUCAUUGAAAUAUAAGUAUUUGCCAGCGGGGCAUUUCGUAUUUAAGGAAGGUGAUAUUGGAGACAAAUUUUAUAUCAUAAUAAGUGGGAGAGUGUAGGUUUUGAAGGACUUUAACCCAAAUGAUCUUUAAGCAUCAAUAUAUGAUCAUGAAAUAAAACAACUAUCGAAUGGUGAUACUUUUGGAGAGAGAGGAAUGGAUGUUGAAGCCACAAGAACAGCAUCUUGUAGAACUCUUGAAAAUUGUCAUUUGGCUUAUUUGGAGAGGGAAAGCUAUUUAACAAUUUUAAAUAAUGUUAAGCAUUUGAUGAAAAAGACAUAUUUUGAGGAAUUCGCUAAUUUGGAUUUGUUUCACAAUUGGAAAUUUCAAGACAUCAAGGCAUUCUAUGACAAAGCUUUUAUAAAGAAGUAUUCCAUGAAUGCCUGUGUGUAUAAGGAAGGAGGUUCAUUGGAAUAUGUGUAUAUUAUAAAGAAGGGUGAAUUUAAAAUAGUGAAGACAGUAUUAACAUCCACAAUAGAUUUGAAUGAGAUGUUCAUGGGAGAUUUCGAGAAGAUAUUGUUAGGAAUGAAUCAUAAAUAGAAAACACUAUCAGAGAUAUUUGAAGCAAAGUAUCAAAGGAGAAAAUUUGGAAAUAAUUAUUAUAAGCAGAUGAAGAAACUUGUAACUAUAAAAUAUAUUACAAGUGGUCAAAUGUUUGGAGAAAUGGAAUUGCUAAUGUAAAAUCAAAUCACAAGAACUCAUUCGGUUUAUUCUAAUACUGAUCAAUCAGAAUUAUAUUAAUUAAAAGUAGAACAUUUCGAAGCUAUUCUCGAUAAAAUACCUUAAAUUAAAUAAUAAUGGAUUCAACUUUCAGAACAGAAGAACAAAAACUUCAUGAAGCAACUCUUGUCUUAUGAAAAAAACUUUAAUGAUCUGACUGAGGCCAAAAAGGAAAUCGAAAAAAACAUCAAUCUUGACUUUUUGGAGAUUGGAACUAGUGAAAAACCAAAACCAACAAAACCAUUUCCCAGGAUUGAUACUGAAAUCUCUACAACCAGAAAACAAAAAUUCAUCAAAACACAGUUAGAGAUGCAAUUGUAAUAGCAAAGCAAAAAGAAAUUCUUGAUUAAAAAACAAUACUAAAAUAGCUAUUUCUUCAAUUCGACCACGUCAAGAUUGAGGACUGACGAACAAGAAUAAGAAUAAACCCAAAAUGAAUACAAUUUUGUCCAUCUCACCUGUAAAUGA